AUGUCUUCAUCCGAUGAGGAUGUGGUCCGUCGUCCAGGACGUAGCACGGGUGCUGGUCAACCUAAGAGUCCGUCUGGAAGCGAACAUGAUAAUUCCCUUGUCGCAGGGCAUAGCAGUCCAGCCGGCUCGUACGCGGGCAAUGUGAAUGGGGAUGAUGACGCCGACCUCUUUGGAUCAGACGCAUCAGACGGAGGGCUCGGGGAUGAUAAUGACCGACCAAAACGGACACUUGAUGACGAGGAUCUUGAUUCAGGGGAUGAUGAGGACAGAUAUGAUCGGGCAGGGGAGCCGAUGGACUAUGAGGAUGGGGCCCAGGACGAGUACCAGGAGACGGUGAACAUUAUGGAUCUGAGCUUGGGUCGAGCGCCUGAGCCGGUAUCUUCGAACGGCGAGAUCUAUACCGUGCCGUUUCCUCACUUUUUGUCUGUGGAAACGGAAGAAUUCAAUCCUGAAAACUACGUCGCACCUCCAUAUUCUACGGCAGCCACAUCUCUCUGCUGGCGCUACGACCCGGAUAACGAUGCACUCCUGCAGUCGAACGCUCGAAUCAUUCGUUGGGAAGAUGGCUCUAUGACGCUUCAAUUGGCAUCGACCCCAAAGGAGCAGUACCGAAUUUCAACGAAGCCGUUGGCGCCUCUGAACAAAGCGGGUGACUAUGAGACAAAACUGGACUCUCACGUGUAUCUAGGAGCGGCUGCAGAAACAUCUUCUGUGUUCAGGUUGACCUCCCAUGUGACCCACGGGCUCACUAUCUAUCCGACAACUGUGGAGACCGAUGACGCUGUGCAGCGUCUCCAGGAGUCAUUGGCCGCAGCGGCUCGAGGUGGCAAGAAGACGGUGGAUGGGUCGGCGCCCGUAAUCGAAGUAAAGGAGGACCCCGAACUCGCCAAACGACAGGCGGAGCUUGCGGAACGGGAGAAAUUGAAGGCUGCUCGCCGACGCCAGCAGCUUGCCGACCGGGAGCUUGAUCGUGGCCGGCGCAUCGGCUUUUCUCGCACCGGAGGCGCUGGUCUCACCGUUGGUGGGUUGGAGGAUGACGAUGGACUACUCACUACGAGACCCCGAGCCAAAAAACCUCGCAGGGCCAAUCGUCGUGGCGAAAUCUACACCGAUGACGAGGAAGAUUACGACCGCCGCGGCCGCACGAGAGAGGAUGAAUACGAUGAGGAUGAUGGCUUCCUCGUUGGGAGUGACGAGGAGCUGGAGGUUGCGGAUGGUGAUGAUGACGAGGAUAUCCUGGAUGAUGAAGACAUGGAUGCGGAGGGUGAGGAGGAGCCUGUGGCCACAAAACCGAAAGAGCGGCGAACGUCUCCUGAAGAAGCAUCUGGAACUCCUCCUGUCCGGAAGAAGAACCGCUUCGUUGUGGAUGAUGAUGACGACGAGUAA